UCCCCCGCCCCGACCAGCCAGACUCACCGAGCGAGGGAUUGGACGAGGAAGCUCCCGGGUGUCGGAUGUGCGCCCAUCUCCUGCCUCUCGGGGGGCAGCCACGUAGCGCUAAGUGCCGGGGCGCCGCGGGAUAGCGCUGUGUGCCGUGGUGGGGGGGCCGGAGAUCCGGAGAGGUGGAUGGGGCCGGUACUGCCCUUUGAAUGCCCCCUUAGUGCCAGCUGGUUUCCUGAGGCGGGGGCUGCUGCAGGAGGGGCGGCCGGCGGGCACCGGGUGGAUGGCAUGGCGCAGAGGAAGCCCAGUUGAAGAUCCAGCAAUGCUCCCUUGUCGCAAUGCAAACAUGACAUCGACACCGGCCUGUUAGCUCCAAGAUGUAACAUUAACACCGCCAGUAAGAGGUAGACUCUUUUGGCCAAGGGGCCAUGGAGAAGCUGCUAUGCCUUCUGCUGAUGGGAGCUCUGGGGUACUUUGGGAGAGCACAGCACUGCCCCGGCCGCUGCAUCUGCCAGACAAACUCUCCGACCCUCACAAUGCUGUGUGCCAAGACAGGACUGCUCUUUGUUCCACCAGCCAUUGACCGCCGGACAGUGGAGCUCCGGCUGACUGAUAAUUUUAUCACCAUUAUUCGACGCAAGGACUUUAUCAACAUGACCAACUUAGUGCACUUGACACUGUCGCGGAACACUAUUAGCCAAAUUGUACCACUGGCGUUCUCUGACCUGCGUGCUCUAAGAGCCUUGCACAUGAACAGCAACCGUCUUUCUGUCCUGCGGAAUGAGCAUUUCCGAGGCUUGGGCAAUCUGCGCCAUCUCAUUUUAGGUAACAACCAGAUCAAUUCUAUCCAGCCUGGAGCCUUCAUUGAGUUUCUGUCAACUGUGGAAGACCUUGAUCUAUCCUACAACAACCUGGAGGAGCUGCCCUGGGAAGACAUUGGGCAGAUGUUCAAUUUGAACACCUUAACUCUGGACCACAACUUGAUUGACAAUAUUGCUGAAGGUACAUUCACUAUGUUGCAUAAGCUAGUUAGGCUUGACAUGACCUCUAACCGGUUGCACAAACUGCCUCCGGACAACCUAUUCCUCAGGUCUCAGGUGUUGGCCAGUGUAAAAGGCAACAGUCAUUCUUCUCUGGCCAUCAGCUUUGGAGGGAACCCUCUACACUGUAACUGUGAGCUUUUAUGGCUUAGAAGAUUGACAAGGGAGGAUGAUUUGGAGACUUGUGCCUCCCCAGAGCAGCUAACGGAUAAGUAUUUUUGGUCAAUUCAAGAAGAGGAGUUUAUCUGUGAUCCACCACUUAUUACUCGACACUAUGCUAGCAAAACAUUUGUCAUGGAAGGACAAUCUGUGAACCUCAAGUGCAAGGCGGUUGGAGAUCCAGAACCAUCAGUCCACUGGAUUGGUCCAGACGGGAAGCUCAUCCACAAUACAACAAGGAUUGUAGUUCACGACAAUGGAACCUUGGAUAUUAUUAUUACGACACUUAAGGACAGUGGUUUGUUCACCUGCAUAGCAUCCAAUGCAGCUGGAGAGGUCACCGCCACAGUGGAAGUGGCAAUAGUACCCCUUCCAUUGCUAGUCAACAACACGGCUCAUAUAAAAGAGCCUGACCCUGGGUCCUCCGACAUCACAACCUCAACCAAGUCCGGCUUUAAUGACACCAAGAACCUACAGGAUAGAAGAAUUGUGGUGGACAAGUUGAAGUCCACCUCGGUUGUCAUCCAGUGGCCAUCGGAGCGUCAUAUCCCUGGCAUCCGCAUGUAUCAGAUUCAGUACAACAGCUCUUUAGAUGAUUCCCUGGUGUACAGGAUGAUUCCCCCCAGUAACAGAAGCUUCUUGGUCAAUGACUUGGCUCCUGGACGUGAAUAUGAUCUCUGUGUCCUGGCUGUCUAUGAUGAUGGAAUGACCUCCCUAACUGCCACUCGUGUGGUGGGAUGUAUCCAGUUCAACACAAAGGAGGAGAGUGGACAGUGCCGGCCGCUCCAUACCCAGUUCCUAGGAGGCACUAUGAUUAUCAUCAUUGGAGGAAUCAUAGUAGCUUCAGUGCUGGUGUUCAUCAUCAUCCUAAUGAUCAGAUACAAAGUGUACAGUGGCCAGGAGGAAGGGGGCAAAGCCAGGGUCAGUAAUGUGUAUUCUCAAACCAAUGGGCAACAAGGCAUGGCCUGUGCCAAUUCCUGUGCCAAGUUGGGGGAAAAUAACUAUGAACCUUUACCCCCAACUUCCAAAGAGUCCCCUUUAGAGGGCAAAGACCAUGAAAAAGGUGAGAAUCAACCUUGUUCACCUUCUCUGGCAUGUCUGACUGAAAUGGACAAGAGGAGAACUCUGACAACCAAUGAUCUUCAGACAGUGGCCCUAUUGUCUUCUCUCUCUGUAGAUGGAGACCAGACAGAAACCAGCGCGUUAGGCUCCACCACCUCACUAUGCCUGAUUACGACUGACGGGCAAACUCGUUUGGAACCCAAAGCACCUACCAGGACUUAUCAACAUAGAUUCUCCUUUGAUGGAGACUACACCCUGUUCCAGAGCCACAGUUACCCUCGCAGGGCACGGACAAAGAGACACAUGUCCACCUCCGAGUUGCACAACCAUGAAGCUGCCCUUGGACAUCGGAGAGUCACAUUUAGCAGCACAGAGUGGAUGCUAGAGAGCACCGUUUGAAGAUCUUAGGGUCACAAAAUAUUUGAGGGGUCAGGUAACAUGGAGGGUCACUUCAUAUGAAACCUUAUUGUCAUGCAUUAAUUCUAUGGGCUCAUCCAAAUUUUAAAUGUGAGUGUCGCAUUUUAUAGCCGUGUUUAAUAUCUCUGUACACUUUCUCAACAUUGCUAAAAGAAAGAUCCUGAGCUUUCGGUUUUAUCAUGUUUGCAGAACAUUGGCCAUGUUCAUUGUCAAGUUACAGUAUCUCAUCUAGUCAAAAUACUUGCCACUUGUUAUAGGUUGUCUGCUGUUCCAUGAGAAGACCAUGAUGAUCCUAGAAGUGUACAGAUAUAUUCUGCAUUGUUAUAGAAUGCUUUUACAUUAGAGGAGUUGAUGGCACUGCUAACGUAAGGGUCAUAACUACUAUGUGUUUCUCCAAAGCUAACACGAUAAUGCUGCUCUCAGCUACAGAAAAAGAUAAACAAUUCAAGUCAAGUUCUUGGAGUCCAUAAUGAGUGCAAACUCUUACAAGAAUUUUACGAAACUCUCCUCCACCUUGUCCCAGACCCACAUCUUUGCCCUUCAGUAAGCUCCUCCCUCCUUUUGGUUUGGGGAUGUAGAGGGCUGUUGUUCUGCUUGGGUUGUGUAGAUAAAGGCUGAGCCCUUGAAGCAGUGCCUUAAACCAAGAGAGAGACCAGCAUACAAGCUUUUUGGAACCCUCUGUGACCCUUCCUGUAAGUGAGGGUGGCCAAGCUGGUUCAUCAGAGGAAAACAGGACAUAUGCACAAACGACACGAUACCCAAACCUACUGUACAAAGCCUUCCUGCACGGUGGAAAGAGAGACGACUUAGAGAGAGAUAUGUCGGCCAUGUUGUUGGGGUCCUGACAUCAUAUACUUUCUGUACAUCUAGCUGGUCUGGAUCCUUUCUGAGUCAAGUCAGGAGCCUUUCUGGGACUUUGCAGGAAGUGACAUCAUCCAGAAAUGUCUAACACAAGUUUUUACAUUAAAAACGUGUGUCGCCCUCGCUCUCCCCAGCACAUAUACUAUGGCGGAGAGAGAGAGAGAGAUAUGGUUGGUGCAGUGGGAAAUUAAAGUCCUUUCUGUGACUGCA